CUCACCCGCUACGAAGUGCAGCAUAAAAAGCCAAGCAGUGAGCAUCUCUGUGCUGAAACCACUGCUGCUACCCUUCCCACUGCUCCUGCAGCCCCAACAAGAGCACGAUGGAGAAGCUUCUUCCAGGUGCCCUGCUCCUCUCCAUCCUCACAGUGGGCAUGACACAGUCAGACCUGAGAGGAAAGGUGCUCAUUUUCCCUCAGGAGUCAGCAACUGCCUAUGUGUCCCUGAUACCCUCGGAGAGGAAGUCCCUGCAGAACUUCACCCUGUGUCUGAAGUGCUUCACAGAUCUCACCCGCUCCUACAGCCUUUUCUCCUACAGCACACGCUCCCACGACAAUGAACUGCUUCUCUUUACUGAAAAGACAGGGGAAUACCAGCUGUUCAUUGGGAAUGCUGGGGUCUUUUUCAAGGCUCCCUUAUCCCCUUACAACCCAAGGCACAUCUGUGUGAGCUGGGAAUCUGCCUCCGGGAUUGCUGAAUUCUGGGUGGAUGGGAAGCCCUUGGGGAGGAAGGGCCUCAGGAAGGGGUACACUGUGGGAGCUGACGCAAAGAUCAUCCUGGGACAAGAGCAAGAUUCCUUUGGGGGGAAAUUUGAUGCCAAACAGUCCCUCGUCGGGGAGAUAUGGGAUGUGUCUUUGUGGGACAGUGCACUUCCUCUCAAUAACAUGUGUGACUGCUGUAAUGGUGGCAAUGUCCUGAACUGGCAGGCCCUGAGUUAUGAGGAAAAGGGCUACGUGGUGACUAAACCCAAACUGUGGGCUUGAGCUUUGUUCUUUUUGGUCAUGAUUUGUGCUUAGUGAUAAUCACAUCCUCUUUGAAAUUAAAUGCAUUAAUUUUUUUUUGGCUCUGUUAAAAUGGUGUGAACUACAUUAAAAAAAA